UCUUAUUUAUGGCAUUUUUAAACUUGCAGGAUACUAGGACACUGUUCUUAAGAAUCUGAAGCAGAGCUCACUAAGACACAGUUAACUGUGUUACAGCUCAAAUACUGUCUAUUUCCACGUUCAGGGGAAGGAAAACCUUGGUCAUUCAUGUGGCCUCUAUAUCUCAUUUUAGACAAGUUUCUAAAGGCAGAGGAUGAAAAUGCUGAUCUAUCAAAUGGAGAUCAUUCUACUUUUGUAGGAGCUUCCUCAUUUUUUGGGUGGCCGUUGAAUAUUGUAAGAAGCUACAACAGCUGUUUGCCCCGUUCACAGUUUGUUCAAGUUCCACACGUUAGCCAGCUACAUAGUUGGGACUGUGGUCUGGCUUGCGUUUCAAUGGUUUUGAGUACUCUUGGCAUUGAGCACUGUGACCUUCACUCUUUGGGGAAGCUUUGCUGUACAACAAGCGUUUGGACUGUUGAUCUGGCAUACUUAUUGCAGAAAUUUUCUGUUAGUUUUUGGUUCUUCACCAUAACUUUAGGAGUAGAUCCAAAUUUUCGUGUUGAGACGUUUUACAAGGAGCAAUUGUCAAAUGACCUGGUACGAGUGGAUAGACUAUUUCAACAAGCUCUAGAAGCAGGAAUUAGCAUACAGUGCAGGUCAAUUAAUGGUGAAGAGAUUUCUAUCCUCAUAUUGUCAGGGAAAUAUAUUGCGAUUGCUUUGGUCGACCAGUAUAAAAUGGAUCGGUAUUGGCUGGAGGAUGUUUGUGUCUCAGGAUUUUAUGGUGGAGACUCAGGUUACACUGGUCACUAUAUUGUAGUAUGUGGUUAUGAUGCGGAUAGAGAUGAAUUCGAAAUAAGAGAUCCAGCCAGCUCUAGGAAAUCUGCCAGGAUCUCCUUGCAGUGCCUAGAUGAAGCCCGCAAAUCCUUUGGUACUGAUGAGGAUCUAAUCUUGAUCUCGUUGGAGAAGAAAGAUGGCAUGAACAACUCUCACUGUAAUUUGGACAAUCUUGAGACAUAGAUAAUGCUCACGGAACAAUUGGGUUGUACAAUUGCAUUUUCUUUGGGUUUGUGUAUCAUUUGUAUAUUAGUGUAAAAUGCUAAAUAUUAUUAGGACACAUUCAUAUUAGAUAUUUAUGAAAUCCAAUAAAAUAUAUGGAGAGAAAUAUUUUGUAA